UGAAUAGAGUCGUCUGCAAAGAGUGGGAUCAUUAAGAGGUUGAAUCUUUUAACAGAGACACACAAGCCUGCACUGAUGUCAAACUCUCAAGAACAGAGCCUGAACGAGAAUGUCGUCUUCCUGCCUGUGGAUGAAUCCUGCCCACAGUUUCUCCACUGCGAGAAGGAGCGUGAAGCAGUGGAGACGCUCCUGAGUGCAGGACCAGAGGCCUACUACAGCGCCGUUGGAGCCGAGCACUCCAGCUGUUUCUUAUCUCCCGAAGAGGUCAACCAAUUCGCCAGCUGGGCUCAGAAUUAUCAUUCUGAUUCAAUCCCACUAAAAGUGGAGAAUGGAGUGGAAAGCAGCCCAGAGAUGGAGGACUACUGCUCCACCUAUUUCCCUUCCCACACAGACUUGCCGGUCCCAGAAUUAGAGCUGGGCUGGCCCGUCAACCCCUACUGUGUGCAGGAGGGAAGCAUUACAGUCUACACCACUCCUGCAGUCGACGGGGGGCCACCUGUCAGGGAGAUCAUCAGACGACAUCUGCAACAGGCUCAACAAGUAAUUGCUGUUGUGACAGACAGACUGACAGACAAUGCAGUAAUUAGUGAUUUGCAUAUGGCUGCCUCGCGGGGAGUCGCCGUCUACAUCAUCCUGAACAAGAGGUCCCUUCAGGAAAAUUUCACCCUCAACAGGUUGAAGCAUCCGAACAUGCGGGUGCGAGUUCUCGAGGGGCAGAUGUUUUGUUCAAGAACUGGAAAAAUGGUGGUUGGAGAAAUGAAAGAACGGUUCCUUCUGGUGGACUCAGUUGUGAUUCAUGGCAGCUACAGCCUCACCUGGACAGACGCACACCUGCACCGGCAGCUGAUCACCGUUCUGCAAGGACCAGCUGUCGACUUGUUCGACAGGGAGUUUCGGGUUCUUUUUGCUCAGUCCAAGCCGACCACUGACACGAGGACGGCUGAAGCUGCUAGUCGUGUUAAUGAGGCUCGUCGGCUGCGAUACCGCUCACAUAUCUCUGUUGAAAAACAGCAUCCUGUGGAGCCUGACCUUGCCACCCCUCCAUUGCCGGAACCCAAUGUCAUCCUGAACUGGGAAAAAAUGGGUGUUGUUCAGAGAGACUGCAGCCUCCCCAGCAGUUCUCUGGAUCUGCAUGAUGAAAGCGAGGCAAAGAAAAUGCCACCACAUGAUGACGAUACAGGCCGAGCCAUCACAAGAACAUUCUCCAACAAUCGGCAGGAGUUUGGAGGAAAUAUAAGGAUGCUUGAAAACUGCUCUCCAAAAUCAGCCGAUGUGCCUGAAAAAUCACCAAGUUUCAAGCAGGAGCAUGCAAGAGAGAAAGCUGUUUCCAGGCAACUCUCUAGAGAGAAUAGCACUAAUUUACUUGACAGAACUUCAACAAGACUUAGAUAUAAAGCUCCAGAGCUUUCCUCCUCCGAGAGAGAACAGGACUCAAGGGGGGAGUCAUUAUCGGAGGUGAAGAGCACAUUAGGUGAUGCCUGCUCCAAACAGAUCACACCAUCUUCCAGAAGACCUUUAAUCUUGAGGGUACCAGAGUACACCGGCUGUCCAAGUGACACCCUGAAGAAGAUCCAGCAUUCCACGGCAGGCAUAUUCAAGAGAGAACAACCCAGUUCUUCGUUGUCAGAACGGACCCAGUCUAUGAUGGACCUGAGAGGACCAAUCCUAGGUGCCACACACCAUCAGAGAGCGAUCCAAGUGCCCAGGUUUCAGUCAAGCCUUGAUCUGGAUCAAAUGACGCCUGCUCUAACCCUGAUGAGGAAAAGGAAUGAUGAUGUGAAAACGUCUUUACACAGAACUCCAGAAACCUUUAUGCCCAGUAUGAGGCCUCGCAGCUCCACUUUUAUGUACAAUAGGGACUGGAGGAGUUCACUGGCCAAGAGAACAGAGGGAGAAGCGGAAUGACGAGUGAGGAUAAACAUCUGUCACUGAGGAACGGCACCAGGGGACGUCUGGAGUGUUAUUUACUGACUAUAUCUGCUCAAAUCACACUCUGCAAACAAAACCAUACAAGGGAUAAUGUUUUCCUGUAGAUGCUUUGUGUACUGUAUCUUGAACAAUUAUAAAUGAAUAAUGAAAUACUUGUAUGGCUGCUGCUUACUUUGAACAAUAUUGACAUGAGUAAUAACAGGAUUAAAAAAAA